AUGGCAGCAAACGACCGCACCAACAUCCCCCCAGCUCCAGCCUACUUCCCCACCUCUGCGGAUUCCCCCCUGCACCCCCCAGCCGCCCUCUACACCUCUCUGCGCAGUCUCACUCCAGAUAGAGACCUAGUAAAAACCCAAGACUUUGUCGUCCCACCCCGUAGCGGAAAAGCCUGGACUGUUCCUGCAGGCGCACUAUUCCGCCUUUCCACUCCAGAAGGCCCGCAAGUAGGCGACCUGAAUGUUUGGAAUCAGCAUGACCCCCGAGAGCGGUUCUGGGCUAGCAGGACGAGGCAGUUGCAGGGUAUUGGAAACGUGCUCACAGGCGCCUCCUACGACUACCAUUGCCACUCUAAUCUCGUUCGUUCUGUUCUUCCCUAUGGCCUGACAGAGUUCGACGUACAUGAUGUACUCAAUGUCUUCCAAGUCACGGGACUAGAUUCUCAAGGCCGUUACUUCAUGGAAGCCAGUCCUGCGACGAAAGAUAGUUUCCUGACAUUCUUCGCGGAGCAGGACUUGCUGUGUGCGUUGAGCACAUGUCCAGGUGGAGAUUUGAGCCGCUGGGGCUGGACUCAGGCGGAGGAGGCAAGUGGGGGUAAAGAGAAGAAAGAGGGAGAGGACGACGAAGGGAUGAAGAGCACAUGUCGACCCAUUAGAGUGGAGGUGUACGAAAUCAAGGAAGAGGUCAAGGAGAAGGUGUUGAAAGGGUGGAAGAAGCCGGAGAAGAGUGGGUAUAGAGGAAUGCAUGGGAUGGGUAUCCCCUCUGGCGAAGCCUAG